UCUCCACGCUCGAUUUCCCCACCACCCCAUCUGGUCCGCCUCUCCUUCCACCCCAUUUCUACCUUUCACUCACCUCUAUCACUCCGUUUUUUGGUUUCCCUUUCUAUGCCCGCCCUCUCUCAACCUUCGCUAAAACCGUCUAGACCAGAAAGAUAAAAACCCACUAUCGUGACUGAGUGUAUAUGGGCUCUUCGAUCUCCGAGCGAAUCGAGCUCGCUAAGCUCUGUAGCUCCCGAGAUUGGUCCAAAGCUAUUCGUGUCCUAGAUUCGCUCCUCGCUAAGUCCUGCACUAUUCAAGACAUCUGCAAUAGAGCAUUUUGUUACAGUCAAUUGGAGCUUCACAAGCAUGUGAUUAAGGACUGUGACAGAGCUCUUCAGCUUGAUCCCACUCUUCUUCAAGCUUAUAUCAUUAAAGGUCGUGCAUUUUCAUCUUUGGGAAGGAAAGAUGAUGCUCUUCUGGUGUGGGAACAAGGCUAUGAACAUGCUUUGCGUCAGUCUGCUGAUCUGAAACAAUUUCUGGAACUCGAAGAGCUUAUUAAGUUUGCAAAACAAGACAAAAAUAAUGGUCGUGAAAACCAUGUGACGGAAUCUAGUUCAUCUAUGAAUCUAACUGAAUCUGGACCUAAUAAUGAAAGCGGAUCAAGUGAAACCUCUAAGAACCAAAAUAAAUCGAGUGAUCUUUCCAGUUCAUGCUGUGAGUCUGGGGAUGCAUCUGAUAUCAGCAGCAAGUUUGGAAAUAAUUCUGAAGGGCUCAACGGGAGCAGAGAAAAAACUGGAGGGAAGUCACCUUUGCCUGUAGCUGAAACAGGACCUUGCAUCAAUGGAAAAUCAGAUGAAAAUUAUACGAAUCACAAAAAAUUAGGUGACAAACCCAAAUUAUGCACUGAAUCAAGAGAUGCAUCUGAGAUCUGCUGCAAUUCUCGGGAUAAUUUUGGCAUUCAAAAUGACUUAAGUGAAAAAGCUGAAGGGUACGAAAAGGAUGAUAGCUUGAUGAAUGGAUCUCAUAAACUUGAUAAACUAAGUUGUGAUUCUGAAUCUUGUAACAAUUUAAUCAAAACAUCAGAUCUGUCAAGUAAAUUAUCUGUGACAUCUAGCAACUCGGGUGAUACAAGUGAAAUUUGCAGUAAAUCCAGUAAUAAAACUGAGAUGCCUAAUGAAGCAGGUGAUGAAGCCAAGAGAAAUAAAAAGUUUUGUGUAACUAGGAUUUCAAAGGCCAAGUCAAUAACUGUAGAUUUUCGACUGUCAAGGGGUAUAGCACAGGUUAAUGAAGGGAAAUAUGCUUCUGCCAUAUCUGUCUUUGACCAGAUAUUAAGGGAAGAUCCCACUUAUCCAGAGGCAUUAAUAGGUAGAGGAACAGCAUUUGCCUUCCAAAGAGAACUAGAAUCUGCUAUUGCUGAUUUUUCAAAGGCUAUUGAAGCAAAUCCAUUAGCUGGUGAGGCGUGGAAGCGAAGAGGGCAGGCCCGAGCUGCCUUAGGGGAAUCUGUACAGCAGGCCAUUCAAGAUUUGACUAAGGCAUUGGAAUUUGAACCAAACUCAGCAGAUAUAUUACAUGAAAGGGGAAUUGUUAAUUUCAAGUUUAAGGAUUUUGAUGCUGCCGUUGAAGAUUUAUCUGCAUGUGUGAAGCUUGAUAAGGAUAACAAGUCUGCCUACACAUAUUUAGGUUUGGCAUUAUCUUCAAUUGGUGAGUAUAAAAAGGCUGAGGAGGCACAUUUGAAAUCUAUCCAACUUGAUCAGAGUUUCCUUGAGGGAUGGGCUCAUCUAACCCAGUUCUACCAAGAUUUGGCAAACUCAACAAAAGCUUUGGAAUGCAUUCAAAAAGUUCUCCAAGUUGACAUAAGGUUUGCAAAAGCUUAUCAUAUGCGUGGGCUACUGCUUCAUGGGAUGGGAGAGCACAGGAAGGCUAUCAAGGAUUUAUCUAUUGGCUUGAGUAUUGAAAACUCAAACAUUGAGUGCUUGUAUUUAAGAGCUUCCUGCUAUCAUGCUAUUGGAGAAUAUGGAGAGGCGGUGAAAGAUUAUGAUGCGACACUAGAUAUGGAACUAGACUCAAUGGAGAAGUUUGUGCUUCAAUGCUUAGCUUUCUAUCAGAAGGAGCUGGUUUUGUAUACAGCUUCUAAAAUUAACAGUGAGUUUUGUUGGUUUGAUAUUGACGGAGAUAUUGAUGCCCUCUUCAAGGAGUACUGGUGCAAAAGAUUGCACCCCAAGAAUGUGUGUGAAAAAGUUUACCGACAACCUCCUCUUCGUGAUUCUCUAAAAAGGGGCAAGCUGAGAAAGCAGGAUUUUGCCAUGACAAAGCAGAAGACUGCUCUUCUAGUUGCUGCUGAUUCAAUUGGCAAGAAGAUUCAAUAUGAUUGUCCUGGCUUUUUACCCAACAGGCGUCAGCAUCGUAUGGCAGGAUUAGCUGCUUUUGAAAUUGCACAAAAGGUUUCAAAAGCAUGGCGUUCUUUGCAAGCUGAGUGGAAACAUUCUAAUAGAAGCAUGUCAAAAUAUGGCAAGAAAGCUCGGAGAAGAAUUAACAUGCCCAGUCAGAAUAGAGGUGGUGCUGGUUGUAGUACAAGCAGUUCCUCAGAAUCAUCAACUUUGUAUGGAGUUGCAGAAGAUAAAACAUCUGGUCGUUAUAUGAUGUCAUGGCAAGAUGUUUACUCCUUGGCUGUCAGAUGGAGACAAAUUUCUGAACCCUGUGACCCAGUUGUGUGGGUUAACAAGUUAGGUGAAGAGUUCAAAUCUGGAUUUGGGUCUCACACACCAUUGAUUCUCGGACAAGCAAAAGUUGUUCGUUACUACCCAAAUUAUGAAAGAACGUUAAAUGCUGCAAAGACCAUCAUGAAAGAUAAAAUGUAUGUGCACAACAAAGCUGAUGAAAGUAUUGGUAUAUCCAAAAAUGAGAAAUUACAAGAUAUUAUGGAUGCAAAAACCUGUUCUGAUCUUUACAAAGUGGUUGGUGAGGACUUCUGGUUGGCUACAUGGUGCAACAGUACUGCAGUGGAGGGGAAGCGGCUUGAAGGGACAAGGAUUACCCUAGUGAAGAUGGGUGAACAUGGAUAUGACUUUGCUAUUAGAACACCAUGCACGCCUUCUAGAUGGGAUGAGUAUGAUGCAGAAAUGGCAACAGCAUGGGAAGCUGUGUGCAAUGCUUAUUGCGGUGAAAUUUAUGGGUCCACUGAUCUUGAUGUACUUGAAAAUGUUAGAGAUGCAAUUUUAAGGAUGACAUAUUACUGGUACAAUUUUAUGCCACUGUCUAGAGGUUCUGCUGCUGUUGGAUUCAUAGUUUUGCUUGGAUUACUUCUUGCUGCUAAUAUGGAGUUUGAUGGGAACAUCCCAAAUGGGGUACAAGUGGAUUGGGAAGCCAUUUUGAACUUUGAUCCAAGCAACUUUGUGGAUUCCAUUAAGAGUUGGUUGUAUCCAUCUCUCAAGGUUACAACAUCUUGGAAAGAUUAUCCAGAUGUAGCAUCAACUUUUGCAACAACAGGAUCUGUUGUAGCUGGUUUGAGCUCGUAUGAUGAUUGAACUCCUUUGAACUUAAAGAGAUUCAACCUCGGUGCAGUGAGGAAAGCAACAUGUUUUAAGCAGUUGGUCUUUCCUGUAGUGCAAGUGUUCUGGUGGACCUAUGGAGAACCAGUUCAAUUCAUACAAGAUACCUUUGCAUCCACAUUGACUGAACAGUCUUGUAAGCAGGCAUGUUUGUUGUAUGAUUAUGAUUAUGUCUUGUACAGGAGUUGAGAAUAAUAUAGUUCCAAAGCUUUUACCCCCUUCCAGAAAUCAAAAAUAAAGAGCUCUGAUCUUACGAUUCA